GGACCCACUUCCGGGAAGGGGCGGAAGAGGUGGGCUGGUGGAGGCGGGGUCGAGAUGGCGGCGCCUUUGAGGAUUCAGAGCGACUGGGCGCAAGCCCUAAGGAAGGAUGAAGGGGAGGCCUGGCUGAGCUGUCAUCCCCCAGGGAAACCGUCUUUGUAUGGCAGCCUAACUUGUCAAGGAAUUGGCCUAGAUGGCAUCCCAGAGGUUACAGCUUCAGAAGGAUUUAUUGUGAAUGAAAUAAACAAGAAAAGCAUUCAUAUUUCAUGUCCAAAGGAAAGUGCAUCUGCUAAGUUUUUGGCACCAUAUACUACUUUUUCCAGAAUUCAUACAAAGAGUAUAACAUGCUUGGACAUUUCCAGUGGAGGAGGUCUUGGUGUGUCUUCUAGUACUGAUGGGACCAUGAAAAUCUGGCAGGCUUCCAAUGGAGAACUCAGGAGAGUAUUGGAAGGACAUGUGUUUGAUGUGAAUUGUUGCAGGUUUUUCCCAUCAGGCCUUGUGGUCCUGAGUGGGGGAAUGGAUGCCCAGCUGAAGAUAUGGUCCGCUGAAGAUGCUAGCUGCGUGGUGACCUUCAAAGGUCACAAAGGAGGUAUCCUGGAUACAGCCAUCGUUGAUCGGGGGAGGAAUGUGGUAUCCGGUUCUCGAGAUGGGACAGCACGACUUUGGGAUUGUGGGCGCUCAGCCUGCUUGGGAGUCCUUGCAGAUUGUGGUUCUUCCAUCAAUGGAGUGGCGGUGGGUGCUGCUGACAACUCCAUAAACCUUGGCUCCCCUGAGCAGAUGCCCAGUGAACGGGAGGUUGGAACAGAGGCAAAAAUGCUGCUGUUGGCCCGGGAAGAUAAGAAACUUCAGUGCUUGGGACUACAGAGCAGACAGCCGGUGUUCCUCUUUAUUGGCUCAGAUGCUUUCAACUGCUGUACUUUUCUCUCUGGCUUCUUGCUAUUGGCUGGAACUCAAGAUGGAAACAUUUAUCAGCUGGAUGUGAGGAGUCCAGGGGCUCCGGUACAAGUCAUCCACAGAUCAGGAGCACCAGUUCUAUCCCUGCUAAGUUUCAGAGAUGGAUUCAUUGCUAGCCAAGGUGAUGGAAGCUGUUUCAUUGUCCAGCAAGACUUAGACUAUGUCACUGAGCUCACUGGGGCUGACUGUGACCCUGUGUACAAGGUAGCCACAUGGGAGAAGCAGAUCUACACAUGCUGUCGAGAUGGUCUUGUACGACGCUACCAGCUUUCUGACCUCUGACUUCUUGGAAAGAGCAGUCCUGGUUAGUGAAAAGGUUUGACCCUGAUCAACAAUGAGCAGAAACAUCAUCAGACCUUCCCAAGGACCAUGGCCCUUAGUGUCUUGGGCACCCCUUGGAAAUCACAGAAAGUCAGCUGUACUGGCUAUAUGGAACUCUCAUGCCAAGACCUACUUUGAACUGAAUAGGAAGGUCACUGGGCCCAUUGCAUUUGUCCCAACUUCUUGUAUAAACGCACCCCAGCAACACAGGGCAAGGAUAUAGAUGCUUUUAGUUUGUUCUUAAACCAGUUGUGUUAAAUGUUUACAAGGAUCUCAGUGCUAAAACUUGUUUUCUGGAGGAAAUAAAGAAAAUAUGUUUGGAGGUGCCUGAA